CAAAAACAACACCGGCCAUUUUGGAGGAAAAACAAAGUUGCCAUAUGUUAAAUAGUAAUUUCUACUACUCUAUUAUGUAAAUUAUAACAAAAAAUGUCACCGUUCAGUUUUAAAUUAAAACAAAUUAAUUUCAUUUAAAAAAAGUUUUCACAUUGUAAUUAACAAUAUUCUCAAAUAUAUUUUAAUUAAGAAAAAAAUGAAAAUAUGAAGGAAACAGGAGCAGCGACAUCUAGAGCGUUUUAGGGUAGUUAAAAAGUAUUUGAAUUUAUUCACCGAUGUCGCUGUUUGGAAGCAAGUUUCACUUCGAUGACCGUUGUAUGGAAGUUUCCGCACCCUGACCCCAACCUCUAGACGGGUGGCACUUUCUGAUCGCUUUCAUCGUGAUCCGAUAGUAAAACGAUGCUAGUACGAUCUUAAUUCGAUUAAUUUCACGGCUUGUUGCAUCUCUAGAUCAAAAGUCAAAAAUUGGACAAAUGUCUUGUUUGUGGUCUCAAUGAAAUCUAUGUUUUGCGGAGUACACAAUUUGCUUCAAUGUAAUGAAUUUGUGAGUUGCCACUAAUUUUAUUUUACUGGUGGAAUAUUUGUGAGAACUGCAAUUUACGCGACUUAAGUGCGUGGCACUAGAAGAAAUUGAAAGUUGGAAAACGGAUUCACUCUCAACCGGUUGUCUCAAUCGUCCGUGUUUGGUCUACGAUGUGUUUGAGCGCUGAUGUGAUUGCAUUCUCGGGCUAAGCAAGCUCCAAGGAUUUCCAACAUCAUGGACGAGGAUGGCGACGAUAAAGAUGACUCCAAAAGGAGGACUAGAAAUCUUAGCGAGAAGAAGAGACGCGAUCAGUUCAACAUGCUGGUCAACGAGCUCAGCACAAUGGUGUCCACAAACAAUAGGAAGAUGGACAAGUCCACUGUCUUAAAAUCUACCAUAUCAUUCCUGAAAAAUCAUAAUGAAAUCACUGUAAGGUCACGAGCACAUGACGUCCAGGAGGACUGGAAACCAGCAUUUCUGUCCAACGAGGAGUUUACUUACUUGAUCCUGGAGGCACUUGAAGGAUUCAUGAUGGUGUUCUCGGCGUCAGGAUGUAUUUACUACGCAUCAGAAAGCAUCACUUCUUUGCUUGGUCAUAAUCCGUCUGACCUUGUAAAUAAAAGUAUAUUUGAUUUGGCGUAUGAAGAAGACAGAGCGGGUCUAUACAACCUCCUUCAGAAUCCAGGCGCCGCCAUAGACCCCUUGCACCCUGGACCGAAAGAUGAAAUUAGGUUCCAGUGCCAUUUGCGGAGAGGCAGCCUGGACUUUAGAGAUGACACCAUGUACGAAUUGGUGCAAUUCAAUGGUCACUUCCGAACAAACAUGGAACUGAUGGAAAACGAUGAAAUGAACUUUCAACCAGACCAUGAGUCAAGGUUGCUAUUCGUGUGCACAGGACGCCUCAACACGCCGCAACUGAUCCGUGACGUGUCGCUGGUGGACUCGAAUCGCAGCGAGUUCACCUCCCGCCACAGCCUCGAGUGGAAAUUUCUUUUUCUCGACCACCGCGCACCCCCCAUCAUAGGAUACCUCCCCUUCGAAGUACUCGGAACUUCUGGUUAUGACUACUACCACUUCGACGACUUGGAGAAAGUCGUAACGUGUCAUGAGGCGUUGAUGCAAAAAGGAGAGCUGACAUCGUGCUACUAUCGAUUCCUGACCAAAGGCCAGCAGUGGAUUUGGCUGCAGACGCGUUUCUACAUCACCUACCACCAGUGGAACUCUAAGCCUGAGUUCGUCGUGUGUACCCACCGCGUAGUUAGCUGCACAGACAUAGCUAAGAGCAUGAAGCAGGAAGGCGCCGAGGCGGACACCGUAAGCGAGGCGGAGAUGAACCGCGGCGUCAUGAUAGAGGCGCCCGCCGAGGAGGCCGCGGCCGCCAUGUCGCCGCCCUACAUGAACGAGGGCGGGGACAACUUCCCCAACACGUCCUACCAGCCCUUGUCGCAGGUCAGUCCCGCCUCAGUGAAGUCGGCCUCGGCGGGCAGCACGUCGGGCACCGUAGCCACGUGCACCACGGCCACGGCGGGCGCGUCGUGGGCGCGCACCACGCACGCGCGCUACACCACCGGCGGCUCCGACACCGCCUCGCUGUCCGGCGAGUCGCGCUCCUCGCAGCGGAACAACCAGCGUGAGCCACAGAUGGUGUUGCAGGUGGUGGAGCCGACCCUGGUGCCGCAGCACGGCAUAGGCGCGCAGUACCUCGAUCCGUCGCCAUACGUGGGCGUGGCCAGCGCGGUGGGCGUGGCCGGAGCGGUGGGCGUGCCCGGCGUUAUGCCGCUGCCGUUGCCGCCGCUGCCGGUCAUCGUGUCGCAGGAUCAGGCGCAGAUGCAGUUGCAACGCAAGCACGAGGAGCUGCAGCAGAUGAUCGUGAGGCAGCAGGAGGAGCUGCGCCAGGUCAAGGAACAGCUGCUGCUGGCCAGGCUGGGGAUACUGCAGCCGCUUAUAAACGUGCCACAAGCAUACGUCAGCUCGGAAGAAAUGCAGCAGCGUCUCCCAGCACAAAUGGCGUACGAGACGAACCAGGCCCUCGCGCUGGAGUUCCCGCAGCAGCUGCAGCAGCAGCAGCCGCAGCAGCAGCAGCAACAGCAGCAGCAGCAUCAGCAGCAGCAACAGCAGCAGCAGCAGCAGCAGCAACAGCAGCAGCAGCAGCAGCAGCAGCAGCAGCAGCAGAUGCAGCAACAACAGAUGCAACACCAGCAGCUCCCGCCGCACAGCGGUGGGCGUCACCCUCACAUGCAACAGUAAAGCUCCGACUGUUAUUACACAGGCAAUUUGUUAAAGUUGCAUUUUAUGUACAUCUUACACUUGUUUCCUGACCUUUAUUAAGCUGAGCUUAAGCUUGUUAUGCGAGUUGAAAUUUUUCAUCGUUUUUGGACCAUAAACAACGCAAUGAAGUUUUAAAUAAAAAAAAUAUAAUGAAACUAUCAGUUUCGAUACGGCUCAUCUACAAUAUUACAUGAUUAUUUUUCUCUUUUCUUCCUAUAGGACUUGAAGUACACUCAACAUCAAAUAAAUCGCACCUUCCGCGACGCGAACUUUAAAGAUUUUCUUCUGACACAAUCAUGGUGCCCCAACAAUAUUGGUGUUAUUUGAAAGCCCAAUAAAUAUCCUUAAAGAAAAACACAUUUAAUUUCUUAAUAAAUGAUUAACAUAUACCAUAAAUGUGACUUGAAAAAAAACCUCACUUUGGGCUCACCUCUGGGAUCAAUUAGACCAAUUUUUAUGGUUAUAAAACCAAAUAAUGAUCCCACGUGUCCUCUUUGGAUGGAUUAAUCCCAAAUUAACAGUUUUAUUGCCAUAAAAAUUGGCUCAAGCGUAACUACCUAUUUUUUGAAGAAGUGACUCUGGAUCCUUCUAAAGACACAUUUUUGAGGUAAAAACCUUUUCUUUAAUGAAAUGAAGUUUAGAACUAGGCUUUUAAAUGGUGCCAAUAUUGGUGGGAAGUCGGGAUGCAUACUUUUGAAAGUGCUUGUCGCGGGAGGUGCGAUUUAUUUGAUGUCGAGUGUAGUAUUCGAUUUUUGGCCACAUCAUACUUGCGGCAAUUGCACAGGUAAGCCUUGUUUUUUUACAUACCGCAGCUUACGCGCACCCUUAUUGCUCGAAGUAUUGAUACUAUUUGAUACCAACAACGUCGAGUUUUUAAUUCAAAGUGAAAUAUUGCAAGAUAACAUAAUCUUUGUAUCUCAAUCGUAUCUCUUUUCUUAGCGAAGGGAAUCGGGGGUCUACCAUUAGGAAAACAAAUGAAGCUGACUGUAGUUAAUUAAUGCCAAUAUAGCGAAUUUAUGAGCCCGCACAUUAAUGUUUAAAAAUAGAAAAAAAGUGUUAUUCUCAACAUCAAAAAUGUUGCUGGAUCCAUUUUGUUAAAGUUGUCACGUAACGAACUACUAUUAACCGUUGCAUUACUAUGGGAACCGCAUGCGUUCGUCCAGCGCUCAGCUAACGAUUCUGGUCGCAGUGGCAAUGGAGAAGUUUGAUGUUAAAAAACAUUAUAUUUCACUGAAUGAGAUUAAAAUAUAGACCAAAACUAAAAAGACGGUGAAGUUUUUUUUAAAUCCAUCAAGAAAUUACUGAAAAAUGUAUUAUUUAAAUUACCGUGGUGCCGUGGAUUCACGCCACCCGUUCUAGUUUCAACCACAAUGCUUACCACCCUGGCGCAUUGUCGAGAAUGACACUAUAAUGUCAAAGUCUUCUUCUUCUUUUUGUAUAUGGCCAGGUCCGGGAUAUGUCAAAAAAAGGUUACAAAAUUUUACUAAUAAAGAAUCUUGAGUGACCCUGGCUGAAAAAUUAAAAACUCCUAGAUUUAAAAAAAAUGCAUCUGUAACAGCACUGGACCAGGGGUGAUUCACUGUUUGUACUCCAAAUGAGUGCCGUGACGUCACCGAUCAAAUGGCGCGAAAUAUUUGUUAUGCGCAACUUUGGGGCCCUGUAACUUGUAAAGAUUCCUUCACAAUUAUUUUUGGUUUUACUUAUAUUUUCAAGUUUUAUGAAUAGAAAAAAAUUGGAAACUUCUCCAUCUACUAGUACAAGUAGUGCAGUGGUUAAUGGUAGUUUAAUAUGAUUAGCGCUAACACAUACUAUCCUUGCUUGUAAUGCGCCUUCAUGAUAUGACUACAGUAAUUACCCUUUCAUUUAUAUUAGUGAUAAACGGGUAAUAUUAUCCAUUUAUUAAUGAUAAUUAAAAUAAUUCUUUGAAAACCAAAGCACUGAUGUUGUGAAUUUGGAUAUUAUAAGUAAUCCAAGCACAUUUAAAUGUUUUGAAGCUUUCGUAUUUAAUCUUGUAAUUAUAAAUGUUUUUAAGAAUAAAUGUAAUAUAGAAGUAUUUAAGCAGUCCUCUUAUUGGUGACUACGUACAGUCGACGUCAAAUAGUUAGUGACACAAAAGUAGCCAAAAAGUUAGCAACACGUCUUUGUUAUAAUUGGAAUAAGAUUGGGUUGUCAACUUUUUGGCCACUGAGUGUCACGGACUAUUUGACGCUGGCUGUACAUACAAGGUGUAAGGGACAGGUUGACAAAGACUUGCAGUGAUUGUAGAACAUACUUAAACCAAUAGUGUGUGCCGCGGAAAAUGUAGAUUUUCUCACUUUGGUAGUGAUCUGAGUUCACUGUUUGAGUGUUUCCCAAUCUAUCCAUUACACUGAGUAUUUAAUCAUAAAUCAUGUAGAACAGAUAUUUAUUAAGUUGGAAUGAGCAAUGGCUACUUUUUAUUUAAGGCUGUGUAAUUUCGUAACUUUACGGUUGACUGCUGAAUGUGAAUGUUUUAAAUACAUUUUACGUGUACAGGCAGCAUCACUAUUUAGGGUCAGCAUAGUAAAUAGGCAAACUAAUGUAGCUGAAUAACGAAAGGAAAAUAUUUAUUUACGUGCUAAGACGCUACUUGGCUAAGUAAAUUUGUGCCAAAUACGGUGUCAAAUUUGGAUAAGAUGAUCAGGUAUAGUUCGUUUCAUCCACGAAGAUGCGCGGUGUCGAGGGAUGCGGGGAGUUUGAUCCGACCAAUCCGAGCAGCGUUGCUAUUGGAUAGUUGUGAGUGCGUGCGCAAACUAUAAUGACGACGCUCGGAUUGGUCGGAUCAUGCUCGAAUCGGAACUAUAAUAUUCGAGAGUAGUCUUGUAGUUGUAUGGCCAUGGGAUGACGAAAGACUCCUGUCUAGCAAUAUUGAGAAUGUAUUCUAUUACACCUGCAAACAGUGAUGCGGUUUGUUCCUCUUUUUUAUCUUUGCCGUUUUAUUAUAAAUAUGUCUUAGUUUAAUUUAUAAGCCUAAAUGUCUAUAGGUACUGGUCAUGAGCCAUCUUUGUCUCGGUGCCACGCGAGUCGUUUAAUUACAUUUACGUAUACUGGGUGGAAACGAUAAGUGAUCUCACUCGAUUAUUUCUAAAGUAUACAAGAUAUCGAAAACUGGUUAUUGAUCCUGAAAGUGCUUCACGCGAUCUUUCAAAAAGUAUCAAUAAUAGGUUACAUAAUAUUAAACUGGAUCUAUCUGAAAAUUCAAUGUUUCCAGCAUCCAUACAUUUGGUAAAGCCGUAUAAUAUUACAAACUACUCAUGAUAUCGUAAAACUGGUUACUGAUUUUAAAAGUGCUUCACAAGCUCUAUCCAAUGGUACCAAUAAUAUGUUAUAGAAUAAACUGGAUCUAUCCAAAAAUGUAAUGUUUCCUUCUUCCAUACAUUUAGUACUAACUAAAACCAAUGUUUUCCAUAAAUAAUUUUAAAUGAGAAUGCAAUUAACAAGUUUAUAAGAGUUUAUUAUUUAAUAAUAAAAAAUACACUUCUAAUAUUAUGUGGUUGGCAUACAUUUAGUAUGGAAGCUGGAAACAUUGAAUUUUCAGAUAGAUCCGGUUUAUUCUGUAACCUACUAUUGGUACCAUUUGAAAGAGCUCUUGAAGCACUUUCAGGAUCAGUAACCAGUUUUUCGGUAUCGUGUAUAGUUUAGAAAUAAUCGAGUGAGAUCACUUAUCGUUUUCACUCUGUAGAUUCGAAUUAUUUAAGUGCCAUCGAUUUUUUGGACAUAUUUUAAUUGUAUAAUUUUCAUUAUUAUAACAUAAAUUUGAUCUCGCUAUUAAAAACCCAAAUGUUUUACGCACAUAAGUAUAUUGGAUAGACAACGCAAGCAGUUAAUUCUACUUUAAAUACAGGUGUAUAUUUUAUCCUAAUCUCCAUACAAUCGAGAUCACCUAAAACUGUUUACAUUCAUCAACGUAACCUCUUUUUAGUAGUCAUUUAAUUAACAUUAUGUAAAGAUACCCCGUGGUCAGCAACUUUGGUGGCAGUUGCAGUUUGAAAAAGUAUACAUAAUAAUAAUAACGAUUUAAAUAAAUACAUAAAUCGGUUCUUAGCGAAUAUUUAGCCGUUUUGCGUAUUAUUUGUUUUCUUUUAAUAAAUAUUAACGAACUUGCGUUGACUUCUUAAUAUGCCAGUGUUCGUAAGAAAUUAUUUUCAUAUGAAUAGGCGUGACGACAGUAUAAAAAAUCGUCGAUUUAAUGACUUAGGGAUUUACAUAAAAAAAAUAAAAUUGAAAGACUAGUUCAGUUUUAUUGAAAAUAUUAGCUUUCCGCCCGCGGCUUCGCCCGGGGUUUUCCCGGAAAUUAUUCAAUUUUUCUCGCCGUAAAACUAUCCUUGGAUUUCAAAGAACAUUUAAAAAAAAUUGGUAAAAUUGGUCCAGGCGUUGUUGAGUUAUGGGCUUACCAACACAUUUUGCGAUUCAUUUUUAUAUUAUAGAUUAAGAUUAAUUAGAUUUUCAAUAAAAUAAAACAUUAAAAUGCUGCAAUCGGCCAUUUUUACUGAAAGUCGAUUUUAAUUGACACUCCGCUGUCGAUACUGUCAUUGUUUUGAAUCACAUUACAAAUACUCUACU